AUAUUCUGUGGUAAACACUAUUAAAUGUGUUCUGUGGUUGACAGUUGACACAUGUUCAAUGUUUUGACAAUGGUUGUCGAUAUCAUAUGUAUUUGUUGAUAUUCAAAAAUUUCCUUAGUUUUCAUUCGUAAUAUGCUAGAACCGAAGAGAUAAAAAACAGAAGUAAUGUUUAACCGAUUUAAAAGUGCAGUCAUAGGCGUUGUUAGCGGCUUAGAGGCAAAUGGGCCGGCCAUCGAAGGAACACAAUACAACAAAGUAACGUUGGCUCCGAAAUUUCCUUAUGGAAGGCCCCACUUUUUAAGCCUAGGCGACGACGAAGUUCAAAUGAGCGCCGACCAUAAGUUAAGACCUAUUAUACAUCCCAGUAAACCACUGCCAUAUGAUACAGGAUAUGCUGAAUGUGUAAACGCAGGAAAGUCACGGUGGAACGAAGAUCAAGCUGUAUAUAGACAAGGAGUGUUGAGUAAAACAAUUCAGAAUGAGGCUGGAACCUUUAAUAAAUAUGCUGUUCCUUACACAUAUUAUGGCAUAUUUGAUGGCCAUGCAGGAGUAGGAGCAGCUUUAUGUGCCGCACACCAAUUGCAUCACAUUAUACAUGAAAAAUUAGUUGAUGCACAAGAUGAUAUAUGGGUAGAUUUUAAUGAAAAAAAUUCACCAACCACCAAACCUAGGGACCUGUUAAUUAUUGGCGCUUUAGAAUCGGCUUUUAGUGAAAUGGAUCAGCUGCUGUUAGAGGACAAGAAUAAAUACCAGGCUGCUGGGGGAUGCACCGCACUCGUUGCUCUGUUUAUUCUAGGAAAACUGUAUGUAGCAAAUGCAGGAGAUUCACGUGCAAUAAUCUGUAAAGGCGACACAUUUUUACCAAUGUCAAUGGACUUUACUCCAGAAAAUGAGAGAGAUAGGAUCAGAAGAUUAGCUCAAGAACAACCUUUGUUAUUAGGAAAAGAAUACACUUCAAAAGAAUAUUUGGCACAACCAAAGUCUGGAGAUUUAGGGAAGACAGUCAUGUUUAGGGAUGCAUAUAUGAAAGGCUGGGCGUAUAAAACACUGCAGCCGGAUGAUCUGAAAAUAUCUGUGAUUACUGGGCAAGGAAAAAGAAGUAGGGUAAUGGGUACCAUUGGUGUAACAAGAGGGUUUGGUGAUCACGACCUUACUGCCGUUUAUCAAAAGAUGCCUAUAAAACCAUUCCUUUCUUCCCAUCCAGAAGUACAAGUUUAUAAAAUCGCAUCGACCGACGACAAGGAAGUUCUCAUCAUGGGGACAGACGGGCUGUGGGACGUCGUCGAUGGCUACAAAGCUGCCGAGAUUAUAGAUAAAUCUCUAAACGCCUUUGAAGACAAGAAAUAUGUCAGUGCUGCCACUUGCUUGGUAGGUUACGCGCGGGGUUCCCUCACGAAUUUCUGGCAAUUAAAAAGUGGCAAGCCGGCUUCUUGCGACGAUAUAUCAGUAUUUGUUAUACCUUUGUUACCUUAUAAGCUAGAAUACCAAGAAUUAGUAAGUAGGAGCGUCGUAAAUGAAAGUAAUUCAGCCAGUACUACUACAAAUAAUGAGAUAGUAUGCGAGAAUGAAAAUUUUUUAUCUUGUUAAAUAAAUACUGAAAACCUCAGGUACAAAAAUAAUAACUUUUCCAUUGUAUUAUUUUAGUUCCUCUAUGCACACAGUUUAAAUUUAACUGUUUAUUGGCUGUAUCAAGUGUGUUGAUAUAAACCAGGCAUUUAAAUCGUCUUCAGAAUAAACAAAUAUAUAAUUUCAUAUAUUUACUUUAUAUUUGUAAAAAAAUAAUGUUUCAUUGCAUUUAUGUAAUAUUUAAUAUAGU